AUUUUUUUUAUCGCUCUAUAUCCCCUUUCCAGCUGAUAUAACUCUCUUCCUAUAACUGCGUGUAACUUAUAAAUUUAUUUAAGGCAUUAUGAGCACUUCUCAACAAUUUAUAGAGCAAAAUGAAGAUAGGGAUGGUAUUCGGUUUUCUUGGAAUGUGUGGCCCUUAUCACGUAUCGAAGCGCAACGCCUUAUCGUCCCUGUAGGAUGUCUGUUUACACCGCUUAAAGCAUUUGGGGAUCAAAUUGAUACCUCUUACUUUCCGAGAAUUGAUCCUAUUCGGUGUACGAAAAACAGUUGUAUGGCCAUUUUAAACCCAUAUUGCCGGCAGCAAGUUGAUUUUCAAAAUCUGACAUGGGUCUGCCCUUUUUGUUUUACGCGCAACCAAUUUCCUUCAAUAUAUGGAAAUCUUUCAGAGCAAAGUUUACCUGUUGAGUUGUAUCCGCAAUUUACUACAAUAGAGUAUCGGCUACCGAGAGCUCCGCAAACACUCUUACCUCCGAUUUUUCUUUUUGUGGUAGACACGGUGAUAAGUGAUGACUCUACAGAUCAUCAAACGGAUUUUUCAGCUUUAAAGGACACACUCCUUCUUUCCUUAAGUCAUAUUCCUCAGAAUGCUCUCGUUGGUUUAAUAACAUUUGGGAAGAUGGUGCACGUCCAUGAACUAAGCAGCACCGGAGUGUGUUCACGAUCUGUUGUUUUUCAAGGCACAAAAGAGUAUUCCACAAAGGUGAUUGAAAGUUAUCUUGAUUUGACCGUCCCUCAAAUUUCUAGUAACCAAAAUGGGGCAAUUCGAGGAUCAGGCCGAUUUCUUCAGCCCCUGGGACAUUGCGAAAUGGUAUUUACAUCUCUUCUCGAUGAACUUCAAACUGAUCCCUGGCCAGUUCCACCUCGCCACCGCCCUCUAAGAUCAACAGGCUCUGCUCUCUCGGUAGCUGUGGGUUUGCUUGAAAAUGCGUUUCCUAACACGGGUGCCUGCCUUAUGGUAUUUGUUGGUGGAGCUUGUACACAGGGGCCUGGAAUGAUCGUUCCUACUUCUCUUUCGGAAAAAACUCGCGCCCAUCACGAUAUGAUUCAAAAGACAAGUUCAGCCAGUUAUGUUAGAAAGGCUUCUCGUUUUUAUGAUGGACUGGCCACGCGUAUUUCAAACGUUGGCCAUUCCGUGGACAUUUAUUCGUGUUACUAUGACCAAACAGGCAUAUAUGAGAUGAAAAAUUUAGUAAAUAAGACCGGUGGUCAUUUGAUGUUAGGAGAUUCAUUUGCCUCCGCAAUAUUUAAGGAAACAUAUUUGCGGUCAUUUUCUAAAAAUGAGAAAACGAAAGAAUAUAAUCUUAACUUUAACGCCGUUUUAGAAGUCAAAACUUCAAAGGAACUUAAAAUAAAUGGAGUCGUGGGUUCUUGUGUUUCUUUGUUGAAAAAAGACGCCCAUGUGUCCGAAAAUGAAAUUGGGAUAGGGGGGACUUGCGCUUGGCGGCAGGGUCACAUUGAUCCAUCUACCACACUUGCUUUUUAUUUUGAGGUGGCCAACCCGCACACGCAGUCCACCCAACUCCCCUUUGGCCUUAUUCAGUUUACCACCCAGUAUCAAGCUAUGGACGGCUCUCACCGAUUGCGCGUGACUACGGUCGCCCGAAAUUGGUCCACUGUUCAGGCGCCCCCAAAGUUUCAGGCUGAGUCCUUUGACCAAGAGGCUGCGGCUGUGUUAAUGGCUCGCGUUGCUGUGUACCGCUCAGAGGCUGAUGAGUCUUUGAAUACGAUUCGUUGGCUCGAUAGAACUCUUAUCAAGCUUUGCCAGCGGUUUGGGGACUUUAUUAAAGACGAUCCCAACUCGUUUGCUCUAUCACCCGCGUUCCGCUUUUAUCCUCAAUUUAUGUAUCAUUUGCGUCGCUCUCAGUUUUUACGAGUUUUUAACAAUAGCCCUGACGAAACCUCUUUUUAUAGAAAUAAAUUAAAUCGCGCCGAUGUUUUUGAUUCUCUGCUAAUGAUACAGCCCACUUUGCAAAAAUAUACGCUGGCCGAGGGUUGCACCCCUGUGGCUUUGGACUCCUCAGCAUUAUCCAAAGAAUGCAUACUUCUACUUGAUUCUUUCUUUCAUAUUGUCAUUUGGUACGGCAGCACCAUUGCUUCUUGGCGAGCGCAAGGAUACCAAAACAUGCCAGAACAUACCGCUUUCCGCCAGCUUUUGGAAGCUCCCGUGGCUGACGCGCGCGCGCUUAUCUCUGAUAGGUUCCCAGUCCCUCGCUUUAUAGAUACUGAUCAGGGCGGGAGCCAAGCUAGAUUUUUAUUGGCAAAGGUCAACCCACCUACUAAUCAGCAACUGUACGAAGAAGUCGAUAGUUUACUAACAGAAGACGUUAGUUUGCAAGAAUUUUUAAGUCAUCUUAAAAAGUUGGCAGUUUCAAGUUCAACUUAAAUUGUACUCUAUGUAUAAAAGCUUUUAAAAGUUUUUUUUGUCCAUCUUCAAAAC